UUCACUUCUCGGCUUCAGAUCCUCCCAGAUCCUGUCGACAGGCUGACCUAAAUUUCUGCAGAAGGUUCCACACCAAAGAGAGAUCCGACAUGUCUCUGCUCACUCAUGUGUUGGCCUGCCUGUUUGGAAUGGGAUCUUGGGUGACCAUCUGUGGGCUAUGGGUUGAGCUGCCCCUCAUCGUUCCUCAGGUUCCUGAAGGCUGGUACCUUCCCUCCUACCUCUCGGUCCUGAUCCAAGUGGCUAACAUCGGACCUCUGUUUGUCACUUUGAUGCACCGAUUCCGGCCAGGAAAGCUCAAUGAAGUCGCUGUCAUCUACUUCAUUGUCAGUUUUGGGAUGCUGGCAAGCCUUCUCCUGGGUUUCUUUUGGAAGGAGACAGUCGUGGUGCAAGGAGUUCAGCGCAGUAUUCCUCUCUUGCUUCUAACCUUCUUCAUCUCCAUAGUGGACUGCACCUCGUCUGUAACUUUCCUGCCCUUCAUGAUGCAGCUGAAGCCAGAGUAUCUCACCACCUAUUACAUAGGUGAAGGUUUAAGUGGCCUUGUUCCAGCCUUAGUGGCUCUGAUUCAGGGAGUUGGUGUCAUGCAGUGUGUCAACAGCACUCAGAACCUAAAUCUCAAUGAGACAGCACAGCUCCAGGGCUGGAAUGAGUCAGCAGAACCCCUCAACUACCUCGUACCACUCUACCUACCUGCCAAGUUCUCAGCUGAGGCCUUCUUUUUCUUUCUGGCAGCCAUGAUGCUUGUUUGCUUGGUGGCCUUCCUACUUUUGAACCACCUUCCAGUCGUGACUCGAGAGCGUCCCGUCAGCCGGAGCCGCCGGGGCGUCGUUGCAAGGAAUGCGAAAGCUCCAGAGCGGAAACCCAUGAUGAAAUCCCUGAAAGGUGAACAGAAGAUCACCAGCAAGUUUGGAACAGGAAUAUACAGCUGGCCACAAGUAGUGUACAUCUUCAUCAUCCUGGCCUGGGCAAAUGCUCUGACCAACUCUGUAUUGCCAUCCAUUCAGUCCUACUCAUGUCUGCCUUAUGGAAACCAAGCUUAUCAUUGGUCAGCCACUAUGGCCUCUGUAGCAAACCCUGUAGCCUGCUUCAUUGCCAUGUUCUACUCUCAAAGGUCGUUGGUGCUGAUGGGCAUUCUAAGUGGUUUUGGUUCACUUAUUGGGAUGUAUAUCAUGGGCAUGGCAGUGCUGAGCCCCUGCCCGCUGCUGGUCAAUGACACCUCUGGAGUCGUUCUAAUAGUGGCAGCCUGGACCGUCUUUGUUCUCACGCUGUCCUAUGUGAAGGUAAUGGUUGCAGUGAUCCUACGUGACGAAGGCCACAGCGCCCUCGUCUGGUGUGGAGCAGUAGUGCAGUUGGGGUCGAUGCUGGGGGCCGUUAUAAUGUUCCCUUUAGUCAAUGUGUACAGCUUGUUCUCCUCAGGAGACCCAUGUAACACUAAGUGUUGAUGCAAAAAAAGUCUACUAGACGUGUGAGUCCAGCUUUACCAAGAGAUACUAAACUGUUUAUUUUUAAUAGGAAUGUUUUAUACAAAUAAUUGUAGUGAUGUGCUGAGAAUGUGGUCAUUAUUCUGUAAAGUAGCCCUUUUGUAAUAUAAGCUGUGUGUAAUUCCCUUUGGUUUGUGCUGUUUUAUAAGACUUUAAGGAGAAUUCCAGUGAUAUUUCAAAAUUUCUGCAUAAUUGUGUGAUUGAGAUGUAAACAGAGUCAUUCAGAGCGGUUUGGUGUGAAAUCGUUGAUUUCUUUACAGUGGUGGUGAUAGGAACCAGGGGUCGCCAUGACUACAACACAAAUAUAGACAUUUUAUUUACUAUACAAAACCACCAGUGAACCUACACGUCUGGUUCCUGUCACCACCACUGUGAACCAUUCUGACUCGGUAAGUUUCACUAGAACGGAGCAUUUCACACCAAACCACUCUGAAAGACUUUGUUUACAUCUUAACUAUUUAAUUAUGUAAAAAAAAUAUAUAUGUACACUACCACUCAAACGUUUGGGGCCACUUGUUAUAAUAGUUGUUAUUCAGUAAUAACUCAUAUUGUAGAUCGAAAUGCUUUAAAACUAGACAAUGAAAUUUAAACCAACACUUUAUUCACAGUUCACAUUUUUUAGGAACAACAAAGUUACAUCAAGAAGGGUCUGGGUUCGAUUCCCUGGCUGGGUGACCAGGGUCCCUUCUGAAUGGAGUUUGCAUGCUCUCCCCGUGUCUAAACAGUCCAAAGUCAUGCAGUCAGGCGAACUGGAGAAGCUAAAUUGGCCCUAGGAGUGAAUGUAUAUGUCUGUGUGUCUGCCCUGUGGUGGACUGGCAACUUAUCAUAAUAAAAUGUCUUUAUUUUUACAGAUAAUGACAGUGAUUAUUCAGUGUCUCAUUUAAGGAUUAGUUACAGCUCUGGACUAACGCAGAAUGGAAAGCAAUGGAUUGACAUUGACAAUUAAUUAAAUCCUGAAUUUAAAAUGUUGGUUAGCUGGGCAUUCUGGGUAAUAUGGAUGCACAUCUCUCAGUUAAUACUAACCAUCAAGUAUUUAGCCAAGAGUAUAAAUAGUAUUUUUGAAAAUGUAUAAAAGGAAAUUUGGUUGAGCCAGUUUGAACAGGCCUGAUGCAGCUGAUAAAAAUAAUAACAGUAUUAUCUAUAUUUUAAAAUAUUGUUUGUUCAUACCUCGCUCUGUUCUGUACUGGUCUACUUAUUCUUAGACUGACAAAUGGAGCAAAAGGAGGGAGGAUUGUAGGGAGGGCCAGUGGGGUGUCAGGUGUGACUGUGGCAACUGCAAACGGCUCACGGGUCAGGUAGGAGGUCUGGACCAGCUCUGGAGCCAGAUCAUCACCAAGACAAACAGUAUUGACAAUGUGUCAGUGCUGUGAUAGUUAAACGGCAUUUCAUCCUAAAACUAAUAUGUAAUAUGUUGAUAUGUUAUUGCAGUAUUCAGCACUGGAUCCCUUCAGCCUCAUCAGUUUAACAGAAUUCAUGAUUAUGUCCCCUUUUUUAUCUUUUUGCCCAUCAGUGUUCUCUCACUACAAUACCCAGCAUGCAUUACAUCAUGCAAUUAUAUUAUACAACUAUUUGGACUGGGAUAAAGAAAUCCUGACUGCUAGCCACUCAUGUACAGGCUAACAACUACAGCUGAUAUUCAGCUAGCAUUAAUGUCAGCUAUCUGGCUUCCCUCUGAAUUAGCCAGCUAGCGUGAAAAAAGAAAAUGCCCCUAAAUUAUCUUUUUGAAGUCCCUUCCACCUUCAAGAUAUGUCAUGAGAAGAGCGUUUUCCUGGUCUUGAAACCUGAAACUCUCACUCUAGGUCAGCGGUCAUCAACUGGUGGAAUCAGCAAAGUAUUUUAGCAACAUAAUAGCUGCGUUCCAAAGCCGAGGCUGCAGCUGAAGUAGUACAGGUCCUCGGUAGGACCGUCCUAUGAAGAAUCCUCCUUAGUAGCCUAUUGGUCACACAAAUGGA